AUGUGCCGCGCGCGCGAUGGGAUUUUACGGCGAUGCGGAUUCGCGGAUUGCUUUCGCGGCGUGAAGGCGGCGGAGAACGCGACGGCGCUGCGAGCGCUGGCGGGCGCGCUGGCGGCGACGGACGGGAUCGAGGACGACGGCGAACGGCUUUUGGCGCUCGUGCGAGGAGUGUUCGCGGGAAAUAUAUUUGAUUUGGGCGCGGCGUCGAGCGCGGAUUUAUACGACACCGACGGCGUGGACUUUGCGUCGACGGUGAACGGAUUGAAGCCGCGACCGUGGUGCGUCGACGAUUUCGACGCGCUGCGAGCGCGAUUCGCGACGAAGACGCACGCGAAGGCGAUCGUGUUCGUCGACAACGCUGGUGCAGACGUGUGCUUGGGGAUGAUUCCGUUCAUUCGCGAACUGCUUCGACGAGGCACCGAAGUCGUCGUCGCGGCGAACGAGACGCCUUCGAUCAACGACGUCACCGCUCUCGAGAUGCGUGAACAAAUAAUUCCAGCUUUGCUCGAGAUGGGCGAUAGCGUACUGCGCGAUGCGAUCGUGGGAAAGCGCAUGCGUGUCGUGUCGUCGGGGAGCGACAUGCCGGUGAUCGACCUGAGGUACUUGUCCGCCGAGGCGUGCGCCGAAGCUGAGACUUGCGAUUUGCUCGUGCUCGAGGGCAUGGGACGCGGCAUCGAGACGAAUUUAUGGGCCAAGUUCGUAAAAAUAGACGCCUUGAAGCUCGGUAUGGUGAAGCACUUGGAAGUCGCGGAGCUUUUAGACGGUGAGCUUUACGACUGCGUGUGUAAGUUUGACGUCGGGCGCUGA